GUUAAUCAUAACAACAGCGAUCUCCCUGUUCAGCCGGCUCUGUACAGAAAAAUGUGUCUGCUUUGUGUUUAACGAGUAUUUUCAAACGAAUAAGUGUCUAGUUGAUGUUUUGACCAAUCGAAAUCAAUAUGCUGUUCUACUCUUUCUUCAAAUCCUUGGUUGGCAAGGAUGUCGUAGUCGAGUUGAAAAAUGACCUCAGUAUAUGUGGGACGUUGCACUCAGUAGAUCAGUAUUUGAAUAUUAAAUUGUUAGAUAUAAGUGUUACAGACACUGACAAAUACCCUCAUAUGUUAUCCGUAAAAAAUUGUUUCAUCCGAGGAUCUGUCGUUAGAUAUGUCCAGCUACCAGCUGAUGAAGUUGAUAAUCAGCUAUUACAAGAUGCCACAAGGAAAGAGGCAAUGUCAUCACGUUAAUCAGUGUUCGUAAGAUCCAAGGAAAGAGGCAAUGUCAUCAUGUUAAUCAGUGGCCACAAGAUCCAGAAGCACACAAUUUCAGUACCAGAUAUUUUACUUUCCUUCUCAUAAAGAAACUCUCUUUCAUGCAAUAACUGGUAUGUAAUGUUCGAAGGCUGCAACCUACUUUCUUUUCCUUGUCUUUUUCCUAAGAGGACAAAAUGGGGACUUCAGUUUGUGUUCCUUUUCUAUUCUCAGUGAUUUCUUUUAUCUUAAAGCUAAUUUUUUACUUUUAUGGUUUGGUAGACUCUUCUUUUUAGAGAGGUGUUAAGGUGACAGUGCUAAACAAUUCUCAACUUGAGAGUGAAAAAUAUGAUUCAUUUAAAGAAUUGUCAUAACUUUGCUGUUAUGAUAACCAUGUCUGAUAAUUUUCUUUUGCAAGUAAAAAUUUAUUUUUAUUACUUCGAAAAAAAAACUAUUGGAAUUCACCAUUUGCAAUGAAAGUAAAGAAGGUCUCAGAAACUGUGCCAGAAGUUCUCUAUAUGGUACAAUAUCAUAAUCCUUAAGCUUGAAAUUUUGCCCUGUUUAUGUUUUUUUUUUCUCUCUGUAAUAUUAGAAUCACUUUAAAUUGAAUGUUUAAAAAAUGAGGCCCCUAUUUUUUACGUGAGAUAACAUUUGAUGUCAAAUAUUGUAAUCCUCUCAUAUGCGGCAAUACCUACCUCUCAUUUUGUAAGAUAUACCUCAACUAAAAUUAGUUCCAAAAAGUUAAUUUACCCAUUAAUCAGAAGAGGAUUUUAUUUACCAUGUGUUUUGCAAGUAGGCAAUCUGUUUAUCACCUAAUUUUAAGGUUUCAAGGCCUUCCCAUAAACUGUCUUCACAAAGAAAUAGACAAUCUCAUAAGUGUGAGAUGUCAGUAAGCUUAGAUCACUGAACUAUUUUUUCUGAAUGUAUAGUUUUUGUUUUAAAAUAAUGAACUAUUUUAGGCAUAUUUUCCAUUAUUAAUUGCCCAUAGUUUCCUCAAUCUCAAGGGUAGAUUUUUUCAAGAAUAAAUUAAUAAAUGUGAUCUCUUCAUAA